AUGAGUGGAAAUCUAAAUGGUAGUGAUCCAUGUACUUAUAAAAAAGUUCGAGAUGAUAAUAAUACAAAUAGUAACUCUGAUAAUCAAUUAAAUACAAAUAUAUUACUAUCAAGUGAUACUCGUACAACAAAUUCUUAUACUUUUAAUACUAAUACACAACAAAUAAAUUCAUCAACAACAUUCAAUUAUUCAUCAUCGAAUACGACGAAUGAAUCUGAAUCAAUAAAUAGAUCAUAA